AUGGCAGAGGAAAAUUGCACCAAGGUAACCGAGUUCAUUCUCCUCGGGUUAUCAGAUGUCCCUGAGUUGAGAAUCUUCCUCUUCCUGGUGUUCCUUCUCAUCUAUGGAGUCACUGUCUUGGCUAACUUGGGCAUGAUGGCACUGAUUCAGGUCAGCCCUCGACUCCACACCCCCAUGUACUUCUUCCUCAGCCAUCUGUCCUUUGUAGAUUUUUGCUAUUCAACAGCAAUCGUGCCAAAGAUGCUGGCUAAUAUGUUAAACGAGGACAAAGCCAUUUCCUUUCUGGGGUGUAUGGUGCAGUUCUACUUGUUCUGCACAUGUGUGGUCACUGAGGUUUUCCUACUGGCAGUUAUGUCCUAUGACCGCUUCUUGGCCAUCUGUAAGCCACUACUCUAUAUGCUCACCAUGUCCCAAAAGCUUCGAGUGGAGCUGGUUUCUGUCUGCUACCUUUGUGCAACUGUGUGUGCUCUGAUUCACUUGUGUUUAACUCUUAAAAUCCCAUCCUAUAAGUCCAACAUGGUUGACCAUUUUUUCUGUGACCUACCACCUGUCUUUUCUCUUGCCUGCUCUGACAUAUUUAUUAAUGACCUCAUGGCAUUUAUUGUGCCCACUGUUAAUGAGAUGCUUACCAUCAUCGUCAUCUUCUCCUCCUACUUGUUCAUUCUCAUCACCAUCCUGAGGAUGCGCUCAGCUGAGGGAAGGCACAAAGCUUUUUCCACCUGCACCUCCCACCUCACAGCCAUCACUGUCUUCCAUGGAACAAUUCUGUUCCUCUAUUGUCGACCCAGUCUGGGCAACAGUCGGGUUGCUGACAAAGUGGCCUCUGUGUUCUACACGGUUGUGAUUCCUAUGCUGAACCCUCUGAUCUACAGCCUGAGGAACAAAGAUGUCAAAGAAGGUCUCAGGAAGGUGCUGAAAUCCAAUUUAACUUUCAAGGAUCCAUUUCCUUAG